AUGGCAUUUUCCUCUACCUUCACCACCAGCAGCACUACCACUCCAGGCAUCAUCCUCUCCUUUAUCCAGCCCCCCAGCACCAACACCAACACCACCAAUACUACCAAUCCCGAACAACCCGAAGCCCCAGAAACCCAGCAACAACAACAAGAACAACAACAAGAAGAAGCAAAACAAGAAGAAAAUCUAUCCCUCCUCCCCCUCCUCUUCACCUCGCACAUCCUCGGCACCACAUCUUCCACCCGGUACAAAGCCGCGCAUCCAGAUUACGCCAAAACACAUGUCGUUGUGAGUGCAGUGGCGGAUGUGCAGCGUGUUAAUGUGAGGCAGGUGCGUAAGUUUUGGGCGGAUCAGGGGGUUGCUGGUGGUGGUGGAGGAGGGGGGGUGGAUGUUAGAGUCUUCAAGGAAGUUCAGGUGUAUGGGAAGGCGGGGGGAAAGGGGGGAGACGGAGACUCCAACACACCAGCCCACACCAUCCUCCUAGCCCUCAUGCAGCCCCCACCCGACGGCGCCGCAGAACUCGAUUCCUGGUACCGCUCCGAGCACAACGAGCACAUGUCGCUGCAGCCCGGGUGGCGCCGCACGUGUCGGUAUUUGCUUGUUGCGCAGGAGAAUAGCAGCAGCGACAGCGAUAACGGGACUAACAGCGGAAGUGAAAAUGGAAAUGGAAGUGGAAGUGGAAGUGGCAGUAGUGGGCAUAGUAACGAACAGCAACUGUCCUUUCUAGCUAUCCAUGAAUUCAGCGCUGACAACGACUUGGGCGAUACGGUCAAGCCGCUGCAGCCCGUCAGUGAGUGGACGAAAAAGGUUAUGAGUGCUGCGCUGGGGAUUGAUGCGGCGAUUUAUCGGAGGGUGUGAGGGGUUUUGCAGUAUGCGGAGGUUGAGGGUGCGAGGUUCUGGGAGAUGUUUGGGGAGAAGAGAAAGGACGUGUGUUUUAUGUAUGGGAGGGUUGAGAUGCUGAUUCUAAGCACUUUGGGUUUGCGUGGAGGAAGGUGGUCAUGGCGAGUGUGGGG